AUGACUCAAGGACAUUAUUAUCAUCCUCACCACCGCCGCACCCUCUCGGGUUCGAAUGUUCCUAAAGUGAGAACAGCUCGGCCAGCGCUACAUCGGAAAGGCACAUCCUUUGUGAAUCACUCCAUCGCCAAGCUAGGCUCAGGGAACCCUCGUCGCUGCCAAUCGGAGGACGACCGUCAGCUCGAGAUGGCGGCCAGCUUCUUGAAUUUCUGUGCCAUGUGCGAGAGGCAAAUUACAGUACCAGAUAACUCGCUUCUUUACUGCAGUGAAAGUUGCCGCCGCAAAGAUUCUCAUAAACCUCUCUCGGCCUCCUUCUCUUCCAGCAGCUCCAUGUCCUCUUCAUCUACUCCUCCUACCUCACCACCCAUGUCUCCUCGAAUCAUAGUGGCCCCGAUGACGCCCACGAAAAUUCCCAUGUCGAUUCCAGCCAUCCGGAUACCGGGCGAAUUCAAUGACUUCAAGACGGAUCAGGAUCCCUCCGAAUGGAAGCCCGUAAUACCGACGAGCUCUAGCGACUCGUCGCCGCUGGCUUCCUCCGAUGCGUGGCAGUACCUGUCUCAAUUCCAUGGCGGCGAGGCUGCGCCCAUGCGUCGUCCCAAAGCCGAUCACCGCAGCUCUUCCAGCCUGUCCACACUCAUGAGUGCCCCAGGGCCCAUUCCGUCUCUCGCCCACACGCCGUCCACCGUAGCAUCGUCGGUCAGCAGCAAUGCAUCUGACUACAUGAGCUGCGUGCCGGAUUCGACUUUCCGCCCGCUGCCUCCUCGGCACAACCCUUCGUUCUCGAGCAGUGCUUGUGCUACCAAGGGUGUCGAGCUCGUCGUGCCCCAUGUGGAAAUUCAAGCGGACGACGCCCCGAUCGAUAACACACGAGGAUCGAUAUUUCCGGCCAACAGUUCCCUUUGGGAUGAUACCCCGAACCAAAAGGUUCCCCUGACGACCGCGGAAAUCGGGAUCGUCGCUACUGAUGUGUCUAGUGGUUUGCAGCCAUCUUCAUGA